AUGAUCCGACCGAUUCUACCGAUCCUGGCGUACAUGAGCGUGCUCUCGAGUACGUACUCGCUGCACAUGGCACGCGAUGCCUACAUCAAGCCCCCACCUCCACCACCACCCGCCCAGCUGCUCGACGAGCUGGAUGAUGUGUCCGAGCUGCUGGCGGAGAACGGUGUCGACCUGAUGCGGCCAAUGAUGGGCUCAAGCAGCCACCAGAAGCUGGGCCAUUCCAGUGGUCCCAACGGUGGUAUUGGCGUUGGUAGUGGUGGAGCACCCGUUGGUACCAUCAACCACGUGACAAGCAACGAGUUGCCGGAGUUGAGUCCACCACCAGCACACCUGCCCCUGGUAGGCCUACGUCACGGUCCAAUCGGGCCACUUGUAGGCCAACCACCACGAGGCCUGCAGGAGCUGUUCGGAGUGCAGACAAACUUCGACAUCCGAGCUGCGCAGCAACAACAGCAGCAGCAGCAGCAGUUGGCGCACGGUUCGGCGUCCUUCGAGACCGGCCCGUCCGGUGGUGGGGAUGAUCGUGACGAUGAUGCCGGUGGUGGAAGCGUGAACGUGGGCGUAGAGGAACCACGGUCGGGAGUGAGCAACAAGCGAGCCUCACCGACUGGCGGGCGAAACAAGAUGAUGGCGGACUCUGCGCAGGAUGCCGGCGGUAGCAGCAGCAGUAGUGGUCUGCCCUCGAUCCCGCACGGUAUCGCGAACCAGAUGAUGCUGCGCAGUACACGCGGCCAGCGGCAGUACGACGUACCGCAGAUCGAGUGUCCACCCGCGAUGGAUGGCAUGGAGCGUUUCGCCUGCCCAACACCGGAUCGCCAGGGCCGGUAUCGAUGUAUAGACGACCACGUGCUGUGCGACGGUUUCAUCGACUGUCCCGAAGGCGAGGACGAGGACAGGCAGGCGUGCAUGUUCUACAAGACGACAAAAGCACAUCUCGACGUAUUAGCGGACGCCUUAUUGAGAUGGGCUCGAGGCCGUUAA